UUUAAAUCGCGGCGCCCCGCGCUUCCAGGGUUCAGUCCCCAGCCCGCGAACAGCCUGCGCUUCUCCCCUCUGACACCAGCGCCAGCUCCCACCGGACCCGGACCAGAUCCAGACCCCUCCAGCGCACAGACAGCAGGAGUCCCGCGAUCUCUUGCUCGGCACGGGCUCCGCCACCUCCGGCAGCUCCCGGGUGCGCACCUGCGAACCCUCCGCCUCCUGCACCUGCCACCCAGCGCCCAGCGACCAUGGCCAACGCGGGGCUGCAGCUGCUGGGCUUCAUCCUGGGCUUCCUCGGCUGGAUUGGCUCCAUCGUCAGCACUGCCCUGCCUCAGUGGAAGAUUUACUCCUACGCCAGCGACAACAUUGUGACCGCUCAGGCCAUCUACGAGGGGCUGUGGAUGUCCUGCGUGUCCCAGAGCACCGGGCAGAUCCAGUGCAAAGUCUUCGACUCCUUGCUCAAUUUGCACAGCACUUUACAAGCAACCCGUGCCUUGAUGAUAAUCGGCAUCUUGCUGGGACUGAUCGCGAUCUUUGUGUCCACCGUCGGGAUGAAGUGUAUGAAAUGCUUGGAAGAGGACGAGGUGCAGAAGAUGCGGAUGGCUGUUAUUGGGGGCGUGAUAUUCAUUAUUGCAGGUCUGGCUAUUUUGAUUGCCACAGCAUGGUACGGCAAUAGAAUUGUUCAAGAAUUUUAUGACCCCAUGACCCCCGUCAAUGCCAGGUAUGAGUUUGGUCAGGCUCUCUUCACCGGUUGGGCUGCUGCCUCUCUCUGCCUUCUGGGAGGUGCCCUACUUUGCUGCUGCUGUCCCCAAAAGGCAACCUCUUACCCAACACCAAGGCCUUAUCCAAAAACUGCACCCUCCACUGGGAAAGACUAUGUGUGAUGGAGGCGGAAGGAGACCAUCCUUUUGGAGCAAACAGAAAAUGGACUUUGAAAUGUCAUCGUUGACCUGAGAUCGUAGACUUUUCCUUGUAAUCUGAACUGCGGUAUUACAAAAGAAACCAUAUUUUUAUAAAUACCAUUUGCUAGAAGUAGCCUAGUCUUAUUUUCCCUUCUUUCCUCAGUAUAAGAGGGAAGCCCUUCCGUUUGUAUCACUGCUUCCCCCUGAGUAAUCAUACUCAAAUGGGAGGAAAGAAUGCUCCUGGAAUAUGUAUAGAUAUGUAUAUACACAGGUUUUUCUAUAACAAUUUAGGAUAAACCUCAUUCUUACUAUGUUGAUAUCUCUAAAAUAGAAAAUAUAUAUCUAAUUUCCUUUUGGUUAAGAAGUUUAUUGGUAUAUUUUUUUCUUUUCUCUCUACACAUAUACAGUAGAUCAAAUAUCAUUUAAUCCCCUUCUAAGAUUUCAUGUCUUUGUCAUAAGACCAACAUUAUUUUUACCAGGUACUCAUUCUUUCUGUUCUUCAUGUGUAACCUUUUUGUAUGCUAAUUUUAUUAUUUUACUUUUCUGCCACAAUCUCAUAGCUCUUGCUUGUUCAUGAGGUCCAAUUUUUUAUUUCUUAAUAAUGCACGUCAUAGCCUACAUUUUAAGACAAAAAGCCAGUAAGACUGUCUUAAAAACUCACUGUGGUGACAGAGCAUCUUUUUCCAUGACCUGAUGAUAUUUUCCUGCUAACCUUUUCACAUACACCCUGUACUUUGGUCUCAAGCACUCUUAUUUGCUUUGAAAAGAUUUGUUUCUUUGAAUA